UGACACCCCUCAGCAUCUCUAACUGUGCACGUUUGGGUUUGAAAGCAUGAUAUCAAGGCUGGUCUUUCUACUUUUCUGUGGAAAUAUUGCACUAAACCCUGGAAAUGCUCUGAAAUUGCCAAGAGUAAAGAGGCAAAGCCUGAAAGUUCAAAUCAAUGCAACGGAUGAUGCGGUGUGCAUGAGAUAUAUUCGACCAAGUCCAAGCACCAAACUGGAAGGCUUCAUCCUGGGGUAUGGCAGUAGCUUCUUCUCUAACCAGUAUAUUCCUCUGCCAACAGAUGGAACAUCUUACAUAACUGAAGUUGAUGCAGAGCCAAGGUAUUUGAUUGCAGUGAGGUCAGCACCUGCUCCAAAUUACAAGAAAUCGUGCUCAGGUCAAACAAAGACUCCAAAGCCUCUUCAGUUGGUAAUAGGCACUUUAACUCCAACUUCUGUCUUUUUGUCCUGGGGAAUCUUAGUCAACCCAAAGCAUGAUUGGACUACAAUGAAUAACUGUGCAAAUGACAGAUUUUAUACAGUUCGCUACAGAGAAAAGGAUAAGAACAAGAGGUGGGUUUUUCAGCUUUGCCCAACUACAGAAACAGUGGUGGAUAAUCUGAAACCUAACACAGUUUAUGAAUUUGGAGUGAAAGACAAUACAGAUAAUGGGAUCUGGAGCAAAAUUUUCAAUCACAAAGUGGCUGUAUCCAAUAAAAACAAAGAAAAUGGACAGAAUAACUACAAAUUACCAAAACUCCACACACCGCUUAUACCAGGAGAUUCAAAGGCUCUAAUUCCAAUUACAAUAAUUAAACAAGUACUUCAAAAUAUCACACAUCGAGCACAGCCUAAAACCCCAGAGAAACCUCCUUUAGCAGGACCGAUAUUAGUGCACCUUGUCAUUCCAGAUUUCAAUGGUACGCAAAAGAAACUCCCACCACCAUUGACACUGGAUAUAUCUGGAAGACCAAGGAAAACAUUGCCUGAAAAUGAAACUCAAGAAUGGCCUGCAGAAUCCAAGACAUCAGAAGUACAAAAAAUUUCCCCACAAUCCCAGCCUGCCAUCACUGAACUUGACUGGGAAAGCAAUAACCCAACAGUUCCCAGUGUCUCAGAGGAAUCGGAGAGCUCUCCAGCUCAAAGUGUCGUGGAAUCUUCAAAACCUAUCAUAAUCCAUAUAGCUGAAUUGCCUUUUGACACAUUGGCUCCACACAAGCUUCCGGAAUCUCCUAAAACUAAAACAUCUCCCAUACUUCAAAUGCCCACAGAAACAUUGGCUUCAAGUGAAAUGCAGCCAGUUCUUUCACAAUCCCAAACGCCUGCUCCAAAAGCCACACAGACAAAGCCUGCUUUCAGCAAAACACAACUUGCUCUUUCAAGCCCCAGAACAUCUGAUGAGACUGAUACAUCAGACUCCAAACCAGUAACAAAUGAACCCAUUCUGGACUCUCUCACACCUAAAACAUCUAAACCUUUUGACUGGUCAGGGGCAACACAGGCUCCAUCUGAAAAACCACUUAUUCCUUUUAAAUGGAAACCUUCUGCUACUCCAGAAGGAUGGCAUGUGAAACCUGCCCCUAAUCUGCCACCUUUGGAGCAGAAUACACCUAAAAUGUCCAGGAUAAAUGAACUAUUAAAAACUACUCCAGCUCUGCCAGAAACAAAAUUUGUUCCUUCUACACCUAAACCUUCUGCUCAACUCAAAAUACCAGAAACUAAGCCUGCAGAAAAAGAACCUCAGUGGGAAACCACUACACCUAAAAUUUAUAAAAACCCUGAAUUGCCAAGAACAACACUAGCUCCCAUUAAAACAAAAAUCCCUGUUUCCAAGUCCCAAAUUUUUCCCCAUCCGGAAGAGCCAAAGAUUGUACCGGCAGUUACCAGCAAAUUGGUUCCAGGUCCUGCCACUACAAAGGUUUCUUACACUGUUGGACAUCCUGUGGCAACAAUGGCUUCAUAUGAACCAACCUCUAUUUCUUCUAAAUCUAAAGAAUCCGACAGUACCAUGCCAGGAGUGCCAAAUAGUAAAGCUGCUUCAACUGAAACAGAUAGUUUUUCUUCUAAACCAUCCUCAACUCCAGAACUCCCAUUUACUAAACCUGUCUUGGAACCUAUUACGUUUAGCAAUGAGCUUCCGAUUGUAGCUCCAAAAGUCAAGCUUCCUUUUUCCAGUCCUAAAACAACUAUUAGUCCUCAUGUGCUGCAUAUUAAACAUGACAAAGGAGUUACCUUUAGAAUUGAACAACAAAAGACAACAAUAGCUCCUAAACCAACACGUCGUGUGCCUGCCAGGCCGAAAGCCUCUCCCAGCCCUGGUAUAAUAACAACCAAGCCUAGUUCAAAAGGCGGCCGCCGUGUUCCAUCCAAACCUAAAACAUCACCAAGUCCAAAUGUGCCACAAACAAAACCAGUUCCAAAGAAAACACAGCCUUCUCCUUCCAAAUCUAAAAUAUCUUCGAGCACAGACAUACCAGAGGCUGGACCUGCAGAAAUUAUUCAUUUCCCUCAAGAACCUAUCACUACCAUGACACCUCAUACUUCUGAAAGGGCAAAGGCAACACUGGCUUCAACAGUGGAACAGUUCAUUCCUAAUAAAUCAAAAACAACCACCCAGCCAAGAAUGCUAGAGACCAAACCUGCAUUACAUCAGACAACCUCACAAUCGCUUAUAAACAAAUCUACUAUAUCUUCUGAGCGGCACAAAGCAACUAUGGUUCCAAAAGAAACACGGAUCAUUCCUUCUAAACCCAAAACAUCUGGCAAACCAGAAGUGCCCCAGACUAAACCUGCACCAGUUGCAACGUUACCAGGAUCAAUUAAUCUUCACAUUCAUGUCCUCAAUGGGCCCAAAGAUACUCUGGUUCCAUCCAAGCACCAGAGUGACGUAACAACUGAAAGUCCACGUUUGAAAACUGCACCAAAUAAAGUGUAUUUCACCACUGCGAAAACCAAGACAAGACCUGUUGUAAACAAAACAACUCCAGCCCCUGACAGAACAAGAACACUUGGAGGAUUGACAUGGGGCAAGAUACCAAGAGGUGACAAAUUAACAGACCAGGAUGCUACCAGACUUCUUAGUACAAGCUCUAGCACAAGCUCCAAUACAUCAGUUGAUACUCCAGUUACGAGGAAAAAGCCGGCCCCUGUAGCUACACCACCUGACUCUCCACGACCUCCCUUAGCUCCUGCCAAGCCUACACCAAUGCGAAGAAAACCUUUGCCUCCAAACACUGUGACUGGUAAACCUGGCAAUCCAGGAAAUGUCUUGAUGCCCCGAGCCCCGUUGUUUCCAACAGCAUCUUACAUAGCAAAACCUUCUGGGCCAACAACUCUUACGAAAACUAGCUCCUCAAAAAAGCCACCUACAGCUUCUUCUUCUCCAGAUUACAGUAAUAAACCUCUGUUCAGCUCACAGCCUACAACGGAGACAGAUAUUGCAGGCAAACCAAGGUUCACAGGUGAGCAUGUGAAGUACAUUAAAAAAGAUGAAGAUGUGCCAUGCUCCAUCACAGAGACUCUCCAGCACUUCCCAACAGAUGAUGAGGAGAACAGGGAGGUGAUUGCCAUCCCUCCCCAAAAUCCACCUACCAAUCUCACUGUGGUAACUGUUGAGGGCUGCUCAACCUUUGUAAUUCUGGAUUGGGAAAAACCAGAAAAUGAUACUGUUACAGAAUAUAAAGUUGUAUCAACUGAAAACGGAGCCCCUAAUGGAAAGGACAAGACCAUUAUAACCACAAACCAAACCCAUUCUACAGUAGAAAACCUAAAACCUAACACAAGUUAUGAAUUUGUUGUGAUACCUAGCAACCCCCUUGGUGAAGGUCCAAGUAGCGAAUCAAAGCCUUUUAAAACUGAGUCAGCGGACCCAAGAGUGAGCGAGCCAAUUUCAAUGGGGAAAGAUGCAAUCUGGACUGAAAUCAGAUUCAAAUCUGAUACCUAUUCGGAAUGCAAGGGGAAACAAUUUGUCAAGAGGACCUGGUACAAGAAGUUUGUCGGUGUACAACUGUGUAACUCCCUGAGAUACAAAAUUUACCUCAGUGAUUCACUUACAGGUACAUUUUAUAAUAUAGGAGAUCAGAGAGGACAUGGAGAAGAUCAUUGUCAAUUUGUUGAUUCAUACUUAGAUGGAAGGACAGGGCAACAGCUUCGUUCAGAACAACUACCUACUAAAGAUGGGUUUUUUAGAGCUUUUCGCCAGGAACCUGUCAAGUUUGGAAAAAUAGGAGCUGAAACACACACUAACUAUGUUCAUUGGUAUGAGUGUGGAACUACAAUACCUGGGAAAUGGUAGAACAAGCCAUGAACUGGUUUUUGAAAGAGUGCAUCCAGCUAUGACAUCAACAAGCUCAGAGAUGGAAACCUGUCAUGAUAGUAUACUUGUCAUACGGAAAAUACUGUGUUAACUGUUAGCCUUGGCUGCUUAAUAGUUGUUGCCCAUUAAUACAGAUCUGUUGUAGGAUGAGUAAGAACAUGUCAUAAAUAAUGUUUUGGGAAGCUGGCUCCCUAAUUAGUCUCUUAUGGUACCAUCUACAUGUUGUAGUUUAUUAUUUAUGAUGGUUGUGACAUUUUGGAGGCACCUUUUUGAAAAGUUGAUUUUAAAAAGCAAGUAUGUAUUCUACAUUUUAUUGAUGUAUACUGCCAAAGCUCAUCUUCUACGUUCUUUUCAAACACUUAAAUUAUUCAGUCAAGUUCCUGAAAACCUUUCUGCCACUUCAUAUGUCCAGACAGAAAAUAUGUAAUUCUCCAACUCCAUUUGAACAUUCUAGAAAACUGCUGAUACUAUAUAGGUCUGCAUCUAGACAAGACAGUCUGCAUUAAUUUUUUUUAGUUGUAAACAUAUACUACUGUCAGAAUUUUGUGACUGAGUCCAUCUGCUUAAUCAUUCUACCACCUAUCUGUACAUGAUGUGCAGCAAAAUCUUCCUUACCACUUUGCAAGAUGAUCCUAGUUUGUCUAUAGGGGCUCUGGCUCUCAUGAGCUGCCAGGUUUUGAUAGAAUAAGCAAGUGCUGUUUACAGUGUAGCAUUAAAGGUUACUCCUCCAGUCAAAGGUCUUGUGCUCCUGGAGCUGUAUGGAAUUUAGUUUGGGGCAAUUACAACUAGUUGCAAGCUGCAUGUCUUUAUAUAGUCUUGCUUUUCUAUAGUGAAUUAAACUUAGCUGCUGCCUAAGUAGUAAAAUUCAACCACCUUCUGUUGCUAUAACAGUAAAAAAAUAUAUAUAUAAAGCCUUAAAAUCUGAUCACUACCAUAACAGUGGAGUAAAAACUCAAGGCCACUUGUCAAUAAGUUUUGUGUUCUGGUAUGGAUAUUCAAGUACAUAUACCAAACCACUUGUGAAUGAUGUGUAUUUAACAUAGGCAGAAGCAGAUGCUCAGUUUUCUCUUAUUCACUGCUUCCAGGGAAAGUUACCUUCAAAACAUCUGUGCACCAUUCAUAGCUGACAGAGUAUGCAUGAGAAGCAGCAAACUGCUUGGCAAAUCAAGAAUAAGCAAGUUUACAUAUACUCUUGACAAGCUAGUAUGAUCAUGCAGUUUUGAGUCAAGUGUAGAUCCAUACAGAGGUUAAAUGAGAUAGUGUAUAGAAUAAUUGCUGCCAAAGCAUACAAAACCAACUACAUUUUUUUCAAUGUACUCUUUAUAUAAAAUUGAGGAGUAUUGCAAUAUGUUUUGAGAAUGAAAAAUGGAGACUAUGAAAGUGGCUCAGUCCUUCCCCUUUAAACAAAGUGCUAUAUUUGUAUUGCUUGAACAUUUACACACUAUAUAUAAAGAGAUGUAGGUUUUAAAGGUGUUUAUUCAAUGUAUUAAAAUAUGAAUCUUGCAACAAGGAAUAUUGGAUUGGUUGUUUAUAAAUUUUUCUUCUAAGUACAUUGCAGGUACACUGUACUCUUAAUAAAGUAUUUUUAAUCAUAAA